GGGCCGGAGCGUUCGCCUCGGCCGCCGCAGCCCUGGCGUCUCGGCCGCGCGCGUGCCCACGGCGGCUGCCGCGCGGAGCUCGGGUCGCGCUGAUCGUCCCUCGGAGCCCCUCGCGGCUGUCGCCGACGCGCCGCUGCUCCCCUUCAGGCCGGCCGCGGAACCCCAGCCCCUAGCAUUAGAACUGUAAUUCGCCUCCGACGAACCCUGCAGUCCCGUCUCCAUCUGCCGCUGGGUCCGGGGGCCCCGGCGCUGGGUCCGGGGGACGGAGGUCGCCUCCCUCCGGCCCAGCACAUGCCGGGCCCCAGGGUCCCCCGAGGUGGCCCUGGCGGAGUCAGCACCGAAGUCCUCGGAGCUGGUGCUACCUGCCGCGGGAGCGGAAGAAGAAAAUGAAAACACUAGCAGAAAGGAGGAGGAGUGCCCCAUCUCUUAUCCUGGAUAAAGCCCUCCAAAAGCAGCCUAGUACUAGGGAAAGUCCUUCCGCUGGUGUUGACACUUGUGCGUUUCUGUCAUCAUUCAUGUGCGCCAGUCGCACUCUGCUGAUCGACGGCCGAGUGGAACUCAAAAGAGGCCUGCAGAGACAGGAGCGGCAUCUUUUCCUGUUCAGCGAUCUGCUUGUUGUCGUCAAAAUCAAAUACAACAAUAACUUUAAGAUAAAGAAUAAAAUCAAGUUAACUGACAUGUGGACAGCCAGCUGUGUGGAGGAAGUGGGGGAAGGCAACACCAGCGCUGUGAAGUCCUUCGUCUUGGGCUGGCCCACAGUGAACUUCGUGGCCACGUUCAGUUCUCCAGAACAAAAGGACAAAUGGCUUUUCCUCCUUCAGAGAUACAUCAAUCUAGAGAAAGAGAAGGACUACCCGAAGAGCAUUCCCCUCAAAAUCUUCGCCAAGGACAUUGGGAAUUGUGCCUAUUCUAAAACUAUAACAGUAACGAAUUCAGAUACAGCGAGUGAAGUUAUCAACAUGUCAUUACGAAUGCUAGGAGUAACUGGUUCUGAGAGAGAUUUCCAGUUAUGGGUCAAUUCUGGAAAAGAAGCAGCACCCUACCCACUCAUUGGACAUGAAUUUCCCUAUGGAAUUAAAAUGAGCCAUCUUCGAGACACUGCACUUCUGACACAGGGAUCAAAAGACUCUGCCACCCUUUCCAGUCUUCAGGAGCCCUUCCUUAUGGAACAGCUGCCCCGAGAGAUGCAAUGCCAGUUCAUCCUGAAGCCCAGCCGCCUGGCUGCCACCCAGCAUCUAAGUGAUUCGGGUCAGAAGACAGUUAGGAGGAGGAGGUCUAUCAUAAACUGGGCCUUUUGGCGGGGUUCUAGCACUCACCUGGACAACCUGCCCAUGUCACCAACAUCGCCUGUACCAGGACAGCUCUUUGGAGUUUCUCUGCAAGAUAUUUGUGAAAACGACAAUCUGCCCAAGUCUGUCCUGGAUAUGCUUUUCUUCCUUAAUCAAAAAGGACCCCUUACAAGGGGUAUCUUCAGACAGUCGGCCAACGUGAAGUCCUGCCGAGAGCUAAAGGAGAAACUGAAUUCAGGAGCCGAAGUACACCUGGACUGCGAAUCAAUUUUUGUGAUAGCAUCUGUCUUAAAGGACUUUCUACGAAAUAUUCCAGGAAGUAUUUUUUUAUCAGAUAUCUAUGAUCACUGGGUCUGUGUCAUGGAUCAAGGAAAUGAUGAAGAGAAAAUAAAUGCAAUUCAAAGACUAUUGGACCAGCUUCCUAGAGCCAAUGUCAUUCUCCUAAGAUACCUGUUUGGGGUAUUAUACAACAUUGAGAAAAAUUCCUCAACCAAUCAGAUGAACGCAUUUAACUUGGCGGUAUGUGUCACUCCAAGCCUCAUUUGGCCUCCUACUUCCUCCAGCCCUGAACUAGAACAUGAAUUUACAAAGAAGGUUUCUCUGCUUAUACAGUUUCUGAUUGAAAAUUGCUGUAGGAUAUUUGGACAUGAAAUCACUUCCCUCUUUGGAGAGAUUUCAGUGAGAUGUGACACCAAAGAGAAUUCUUCAGACACCUCUUGUGUCCAGCUGAACGAUUCCUCUUAUGACAGUUUGGAAAACGAGCUCAAUGAGGAUGCUGAUGCUCCAUGCAGUGACCUGGUAAGGAAACUUGGCCAGGGUAGCAGAAGCAUGGACUCUGUCCUAACACUCAGUGACUAUGACAUCGACCAGCCAGAGGUGGAAGGUCUCUUAGCCCUGAGUGAGUUUGACCUAGACCGCUCUAAGCAUCAGGACAUUCAGGUGAAACGGCCUGCGGGGUCCAAGCAGGUGAAAGUGUUAGUGGUGGGCAGAAAUGCCCCACUGGUGGAGCGCCCCGGGGCCUCGUCCAGCGUGUGUACCCCCAGCUACCGGUCCACGGCUGCAGCAGAAGCUCCACAAAGCCUGCGGCGACACAGGCGCUGCUCAGAGCCCAGCAUUGACCCUCAUGACUCUAAGGGUUCCUAUCUCAAGGGGUUUUACCAGAAAAAGCUACGCAAGUCCAGCUGUGAUGCAAUCCUCUCUCAAAACGAUGAGGAUGAUCCGGAACAAAAUCAGCCCCUCCCAGAAGAGGAUAAGACGUGUUUAGAACAGAGUUUAGUCACAAAUACUGAUCCCAGCAGGAAAAACGCCACUAAUAAAAACAUUAAGAAGAGCAGCUUGUCAGCUACUGAAGGAAACCAUGUGAAACUUUCCACGAAGUCCAGGCCAGUGGCCAUUUCUGUGGCACCUUAUAGUCACGCAUCCCCCCGGGACCAUUCCAGGAGCCCACAUUCUGAUGCAAACACAUCUGGAUACACCCCCACACACAUCAGAGAUACACUCAAGAGCUCAAGGACACAUCGGCGCUGUUCAGAGCCCAGCAUAGAUGACCAGAAGUGCAAACUGACCUAUCUCAGGGGGAUUUAUUCAAAGAAACAACAUAAAAGCAGCUGCCAAACUGUCCUCUUGCAGGGAGAGGAAGAUUAUCUCAGACGGCAUAAGUCUUUGCAAAUGGAAGGGCAAAAACUUAUUAAUCAGAGUUUGGUCAUGGGGAUUGAGGUGGGCAGAAGCAGUGCCACUCACCAAAGUGCUGAAAAGGUUUUGCCCCCCAGACUGAGCCUGUGCCCGAGCAGCAGCUCUUCCAGCUUAUCCUCCCCAGGCACUUCCCCGUCCGGCUCAUCCGUGAGCUCCCAGGACAGUGCCUUUUCCCAGAUCUCAGAACACUCUGUGUUUACACCCACGGAGACUUCUUCCCCGAUAGAUUGCACUUUCCAGGCUCAGAAGAGACAGGAAAACCCUUCCUUCAGCUUCAUUUCUAAAGUGCCUGGCCCCUCCAUAGGGCAGGCUAGCAGCCAUCUGACUUACAUGAAAAAGGACACCAUAGAGUGGCAUUCACAGAUGCACUCUGUGACUCUUCAUCCCAGCGCGUGGCUGAAAAAUAGCGUGGCCAGUUUGAAAAACUGGUCCCUUAAGAAAAAAGCAAAAUUAACCAGGCCAGAGGAAAAGAAACUCAAUCUCCUGAAAGGACCUUUGGAGUCACCUCCACAUGCAUCUGAUGUUUCAGAAGCCAGUUCACUGCAACAGAGUGAGAAAGGCCCACCCCCAACAGCCACUGAAGGACCUAGAACCUCGCACACAGCCCGGCCGUGGAGCUCUGGUUCCUGUCAGGACUCGGACAGACACUGUAGCUCUCCAUUCAGCCUGCAGGAGAGCAGACUCAAGUUUUGCGGGAAGUCCUACGGGGGAGGGGAGACUGAAGGGCCAUGCUGUUCUGGUCCUUUGCCGUGGGAAAAAGCCUCAUCUAGUCCUGGGACUGUAAAUGAUAUGACCAGCCCAGAUGAAGAGCCCACAGUGGUUCCUGAUGCUGGGGAUAAACACUUAGCCAAAGACAUCUAACCACAGUAAGAAUCUACUGUCUACAACAAUGGAAACUGGGCUGAUCACACAAAAUAAUUAUAACCCUUUUUUAAAAAUAAGAUAUUUGGGAGAGGUAACCUAAAGAUAAUCUUACUAAUACUUAGGACAAAAAUGUUUUCUUUACUGAGACUACUUGAUAAAGACUUUAGGUGAAAAAAAAUCACCUAAGUUUAGAAAGCUUUUAUUUACUAAAGCAUGGGAUUGGUACUGCCCUGAGGUUUUAGUGAUAGGAGCAGAGGACUUAGGGAACACCCCUUCCAUUGAAGAGGGUUGCCUUUUGUCCACUGUCAGUGACGUCAGGUCCUGAGUAGGCUAUGCUUUCAUAAGUGAAGAAUCAGGACAAGAAGGGUGGCACUGUGAGAAACCACCCACAUUUACUUUAGGGAAUUCUUUUAGUAAUGAGGUGAGAAAAAUGCCACUAAUCAAAAUAUUAAGAAAAACUUGUAUAUAGUAAUGAUCAAAAUCAUGUAAAACCUUUUCCUGAAUCCAAGCCAGCUGUCAUUGCGGUGGCAUUUUCUAAUCACACGCCCUUCCAGGAUCACUCUAGGAACAUUUAUAUAGCUGAAGUGGAGAAAAUCAGAGUGAUUCAAAAACACCACAGUGUACUGGUGCACAUUUAAGACAACAGAGAAGAUAAGCUCACAGAUACAACAUAAACUAAGGAAAUGUAAACCAUCUCUCAGUUAUGAGUCGUUUUGCACAAAAACACAAAAUUUUCUGAAAACUCAAAGCCUGUGAUCACUGCUGCCAUGUGAGGGUACCAUGACAUCAUAAUUCUUUUGUUGGUUGUGUUGAUGAUUUUUUUUCCCUUAGCACUAUUUUGUAAAGGUUCCGAGAAACAGCUGUGAUAAGGGAGAGAGUGUUCACUCCUUCUCCCUUUUCAAAGGUUUCUGUGCUGGGAACAUGCUUUAGAAAUACAGCUUUUCCUGUUUAGAACAGAUCCAUUUCCAACAACAUUUGCUAUCAUAGUAUUAAGUAGAAAAUUCCACUAGCAGUCCAUUCUCAGUUGCGUGAAUAGUGUUAACACAUAACAAAGCAUAGCAUCUCUUUGCUGAACUAUUUUUCUGUAACCCUGUCUCAGAUAACAGUGUAUGAUUAAAAAUGCAGUGAAUGGCUAAAUUUUUUAAGUUAUUACAGUAAGAGAUUCUCCUCAAAAUAUUCCUAACACACUUACACCAUCAUUGGUGCCACUUUCUGAAGCAAUUCUGUACAUCCUCUUCUGUGAGCAUCUUCUUUUUGUCAAAAAAAAAUUUUUUUUUUAUCGGUACCAGGGAUUGAACUCACGACUGCCUGCUUGCAAGGCAGGCACUUAUGCUGCUGCUCUGUGAGCAUCUUAGUUGCACUGGUGUGUCUGCCUUGCUGUCCUGAAUCAUUUCAAAAUAUUUACCUAUUACGCUCAUGUUGACUUGGGAAAGACCUGGAAGCUGCACAGUACCAGAUCUGAUGAACAGAAUGAGUGAGGAAGACCUGUAAUACGAUCACAGCUCUGCUGUUUAGUUGGAUGUCACUCAACAUAUUUUUUAUCACAUGAAAGAAUUUCCAGAACUGCUUCAGAAAGUGACAAGAACCAUAGGAUAAGCAUGUUCGAAGUGAGGGUAUUUUUAGGGAAAUUAAUGGCCAUAUGUCUACUCUAAUAAAUUUUUAAAACAUGCACUUUUAUUCAUAUAUUUUCAUCUUAAUCACAAAAACAAGUCACCUUUGUAUAAUUUUUAUAAAUUGUAAAUUAAGAGAGCACUUUAGAGGUUGGCAACUUACAGGGACUCAUAGAAUAGAAUGUUCAACAAAACGGUUACCAGACCUCCUCGGGUGGGUCAUUACUUUGGAUUUUCUUAUUUGUGGAAAUGUUUCCAUAUUUUUGUCCCAAGUGACUCAAUAGUUGAUAGAUGGUUUAGACUCCAUUAAUUUUGGUGGCAUGACUCUUUCUCUUCUCUCUUGCCUUAAAAUUUACAACAGUACAGCUGCUCGCCCAGGAAUAAAUUCCCAAGCCUUCCCAGCUAGUGUGGAGGGACAGUGCUAAACCACAUUUACCUUCCUCCCCUUGACGACUCCCUGGAAAAGCUGCUCAGCCAUUUGACCUCUGUCAUCUACCGUCAAAUUGAUCUUCCUCUCACAAACUAGCUUAUUUCUGAUUAUUUUUAUUAAUCAUUAGGAAACUUAUAGCAGAUAUUCUUCUCUUGUUCUAACAGUUACAUUUUUGGUUAUGGGAUUAAAAAUCAGUGUUUUCUCUAAGAAGUUAUUUCAGUAUUCGCUAUAGGUGCUACCUACCUCUUGGAUCCAUGGUCCUGUUGCCCUAAUCAUUAUAGUAACUUUUAGAAUUCUGUGUCCAGAGAGCCCCUCCAUGACACUGGCCCUCUCAGUCACAGAGGUGUAGUAGACUUCAGUUCAUAACUGCUCCUGUAUUUAGACUUCUGAGCACCCGUACGAGUCUUUCAUGGUAUAAUACAUGAAGUCACAGGGAAUCCCCUUACCCUUAGGGCAUACUACUGCAGAACUACAGGAUGUGAAUGAAGCUCUUAUGGUUUGGAGUGUAUUUCUGGAAAAAUUACUUAACUACUUGCAAAAAUAAUAGUUUAGCCUUUUUUUUCAUUUCAUAAUAGCCACUAGAAAAUCACCCCCCCAAUUUGAAGCAUAGAAGAAAAUAGUUACUGUACUAAGGUUCUUCAAUAACCACCCCCACUCCUCUGUUCCUUAGAUACUCCUGUAAUACAUAAUGUGAAUAGUUUAAUAUUGCUGUAAAGUAUUGUAUUAUUUGAAGACAGACUACAUGUCAUUUUAUUAUGCUCCAUCAAUCUAUAAUAUAUUAGACCAAUGCUUUAUCUAAAAUGCUUUGAGUUUGUAUAAUAUAUCUGGACAAAUUUUAUUACCAUAUGUUAUGUAAUAAAUGUGUAUUUUUGUACUUGCAGAAAUUGCUGCUAACUUUUCAAGUUGUUUCCUUUUCAAGGCACUGAUAAUGGAUAUGUAUGCAGUCCAUGCUGUCUGUUAAAUAAAAUACCAUUCUGCAGAGGUGACAGUCA